AUGCUUGGAGCUGUUGCAGCUUCCACAACACUUCUAAGUUUUUCACCAUCCACCUAUCAAAGCAGAAUUGUUGUUCACAGAAGAAUCUCAAAUUCAACACUGCCAUUGAACCAUGUCUACUGUUUCUCACUCUUAUCAGCUAGCCCUAUGCAUUUCUCUUUCAGUAAGAGCAGUAGGGGACAACCCCAUUUCUUUGCAGAAGCUGCUUCAUCUUCAUCUUCUGCUGCAAAUGCUGACUACGUGGAGGAACCAGCAACAAGUGUGGAAUUUCAGACAUCUUUGAGUUUCCCGGGUUGCUCAGAUUCAUUAGUUUUGUUUGGAACUGGAUACAGAGAGAAAGUUUUUGCAAUUAUUGGCGUCAAGGUCUAUGCUGCAGGUCUGUAUCUAAAUCAAUCUAUCACAAGUGAGUUGAAUGCUUGGAAAGGGCAAUCAAAAGAAGUGUUUCAAGGGGAUUCUUUCUUGUUCAAAACCAUUUUCCAAUCUUCCCUUGAGAAAUUAUUGCAAAUUAUUCUUGUCAGAGACGUUGAUGGUAAAACUUUCUGGGAUGCAUUAAGUGAUGCCAUUUCACCAAGAAUUGCAGAACCCACAACUGCAGAUGAAACUGCUUUGACCACUUUCCGUGGUGUUUUUCUAGAUCGUCCUCUCAAGAAAGGGACUUUCAUAUUUUUGACAUGGUUGAACCCCACCAGAUUGCUUGUUUCUGUCUCCUCAGAUGGGCUUCCUUCUACUGUGGAUGCUACAAUCGAAUCUGCAAAUGUGACUUCUGCUCUUUUUGAUGUAUUCCUUGGAGAUAGUCCGGUUUCUCCAUCCUUGAAAGCUUCAGUAGCUGAAGGCUUGUCAAAAGCACUCAAGUAAAAAAUGUUUAGAGUCUCUUUUGAAAAUUUCAUGCAUCCAUGUUUUCUUGAAAUGGUUCAAUCUAUGAAGUACUGCUGCAGUCUAUUUUCUCCUAGUGUCUAUGUAAGCAGGCUCCGUGGUCUACUUAUGCGUAUGCGUCAUGUACAAUUGGAAGUUGUCACUUGA